AUGGACUCGCCCGUUCCGCUGACUCAGCGCUCUGGGAUCGCUUCCAGUCAAUUCAAGGGGUGGUUGGUAUCGGCGGCGAGGGCUAUAUUAUUUUAUUAUUCUUCGCAUUAUUGCGAUCUCGGAACAAAGUCCGCCGCGACGAUAAGGAAAAGUAGGAACGUUUUUAAAAUAAAAAACACAUUUUAAAGACGCGGCUGUUUUCGUUAUUUGUUUAUUUUAACAGCGCGUCCGCGGACUUUCGACUCCGGCGGCGAGGUUGAAACUGAAGGAACCUACACGAGGAGAGAUGACGUCGGCGAAGUUGUCGGAGCUGUACCUGGACCACGUGACUCAGGUGUGCAGGGCACGUGCUGUACAGACGUUCGUGCGUGCCCAGUUCAACUUCGACCCAAAUGCGCAGGGCGUCCUGAACCGUCCCCACAACGGCCUCGCCUUCCGCAGCGGCGACGUCCUCCGCGUCAAGUCGCGUGCCAAGUGGGACUGGUGGGAGGGGGAGAAGGAAGAUGGUUCGACCGGGAUGAUACCCUCCCGAGACCUGGUGGAAUGUAACAGCGUGAGCUCCAACCCUGUCGAGCCUCAGCCCAAGUCCAGCUUCCUGGGUUUGAUCCGGGCCAAAGGCUUGCGUGGACCCUACAUGGCCCAGCACUGCUCGGUGUUCGACGAUCUGGACACGCUAUCGUACGAGGAGGUUGUCAAGCUUCCUCCGUUCCCACGGAGAACCCUCGUGCUGCUGGGAGCUCCCGGUGUCGGCAGGAGUCAUAUUAAGUCCGUACUGCUCUCCACCGACCCUGACACGUUCAAGACUCCGAUGCUCUACACGACGGAGCACCCGACCUCUCCGAACGGCGACGCUGCCCCCAACUCCGGGGCAGGGGCAGCACCAGGAACGGCGGGUGGGGCCGCGCAAGAUCCCGGCCCGUAUCAGCUGGUGUCGGACGUGGAGAUGCGUGGGUGGGUGACGCGUGGGGAGAUGGUGGAGUACGGGAACCACGGAGAGGCCAUGCUGGGCCUGCGCCUCCAGUGUGUGCGUGACAUCAUGCAGGGAGACGCCGUGUGCGUGCUCGAUGUGCAGCCGCAGGCCCUGAAGGUUCUACGCUCGCCCGACUUUGCGCCUUUCGUCGUGUUCGUGGCUCCACCAGCCAGCAUCGGCGAGGCCUUCCAGGCGGAGUCCCGGGAGCUGCAGGCCUCGGUGAUGCACCUCGUCGACCUCGUCGUGGUGAACGAGGUGACGCACGACAGCGCCGCCCUCAUCGCCAGCGCCGUGCGCACCGCCGGGGAGACGCACAACUGGGUGCCGCUCUCCUGGCUCCUGUGAGGGACACCCAGCCUGGCACGACACCACCCGGCAUUGAUCAGUACUGCCUCGCACUACCCGGCAUUGCCAAGCAAUGCCCCUAGCAAAUGCAUGGCAUUGCCUUGUAAUGCCAAAUAAUGCCUAGUAUUGCAAAGUAGCGCAUGGUAUUAUCUAGGAAUGCGCGAUACAUGGCCUAGCAUUGCCUGGCAUUGCCCCGUGGCACUGCGUGUGACAUUGCUGGGGCGGUAAGCGUCGCUCCGCCGUGUGGUACCGCACCGUCAGCCUCCGCACCACGCCGCCUGCUUCCCCUGCACGCUCGGCUACUCGGCUCUCUGCUCCGCCAAUCCCCACAGCCGGCAAACCCCCGGGGGCGACGCUGCAAUUGCCCCAGCAACCGACGGCCACUGUCCUCCCCGCCCCCCCCCCCCCCCACCAGCCCUGCUCUUCUGCGCUGUUGUGUCCUAUGUUCUGGGGCGUUCAGCGGCGAGCCGCGUUCGUUCUCACGGUCUCUUUCACGCCGCGUCGUUCCCAAAUCACAUUUCAAAAAUUGUUCAUUUCUCAUGGCUUGUCUGAUUCGUUGAUUUUUGUUGCGCAAGUUUCAAAUGUUCAACGUUACUGCCGUUGUUGUUGUUGCCGAAUUUGAUAUCGUCUCUCUCGCUCCCGCCAUGGCAAUGUGGAAAUUUCCACAGCUGGCUCAGGGUCACAAACAGGGGGAGAGAAGACGGGCGUUUAGCUGUUCAAGCACUAAAUAGAUGCCUUUUGCAAGGCAUCAAAGUCUGCAUUAACCACACGUACUUGUGGCAAAACAUUCUCUCAUAAUAUAUUGUCUUUGAAACUGAUUGGCCUACACCAGAGGCAGCAUUCUCUAUGGCAGGGGUGGGGAACGUCUUGCCCUGCCAAGGCAACCGCACGACUUAAAAUUCAAUAAAUCUAGGAGCUUUUUUCAUCGCAACAUAAAUUUAAUUUUGUAUGGCCCACAAAUGAUGUCAUAUAAAUAUCCAAAUGGCCCUUGGCAGAAAAAAAGGUUCCCCACCCCUGUUUUUAUGGCCUUGUCUCACCACCGGUGUCAGACCAGAGAACGCCAAAAGGUGAACAGCACAAAGACAGUGCAAAGUCAUCAGUUUAGAUACUGCCAAAAAGGUCCCAUCGACAUAGGGGAGGGAACAUUUGACAUUUCACUUGAAAGAAACACCA